AAUUCCCGAAACAUAAAGCUUGCAUAUAAGCACAGGCGUUCUGGAUCUGUGAAUGCUUUAUUUAUCAUUUCAUCCAUCUGAAGAAUAAUGUCUCUAUAUGACUACUACCGUACCUCCAUUUCCAUACAACGCGACAAUCUACCCGAACUUACCACUGGCACUGUCAUCGGAAUCAGUGUAGCAGUAGCAGGGAAUGUCUUAAUAUCCUUGGCCUUGAACCUACAAAAAUUGGCCCACAAACGGUUGGAUGCAGAAAAGAACUCAAGUUUUGAUGGAUCGAACGGGAAGCAUAAGUCACCAACGGAGAGAAGAGCGGUAUCAACUGUAGACGAAGGCGAGGAAGGAAGGGAAUCCUCUGUUGAUGAGCCUGUAGACCAUAUUGUCGAAUCAAAUUAUGGCGGGGAAUCUGAAGGAGAAUCACUAUUACCCUUUCCUCGUACUCAACAGUUUUCUGGAGAAUACGGAACGUUGGAAUCACCUGCACGAUCUAUGAAGAGCAAGGUCUUAUCCCGCAUCUUUCCUGCUAAAUCACGCUCGAAACCUCGCCCAAUAGUUCUACCGGUAGACAUAGUCUAUCCAAGUAGGACCCAGAACAAAUCAAGGCCUCCAAUUGUCGAAGACAGCAUCGUAUCGAAGGAUGAUGCUGAUGUUAAGACCGGAAACGAAAGCGAUUACCUCAAGUCAAAGUUAUGGUGGAGUGGUUUCCUUUUGAUGAAUGUUGGAGAAAUGGGGAAUUUUCUUUCAUAUGCAUGGGCACCAGCUUCUGUUGUCGCGCCUCUAGGCACUUUUGCCCUCGUGGCUAACUGUCUGUUUUCUCCACUGAUCCUAGGCGAACGCUUUCGGAAGCGUGAUGUUCUUGGUGUGAUCAUAGCAAUCAUUGGCGCAGUAACUGUCGUGCUUUCCUCUAACGCUUCAAACGGAAGACUCGAUCCUGAAGCUCUUGUACACGCGAUAUCCCAAACGCCUUUCAUCGUUUACGCAUGUAUCUACACUAUGGGGGCGAUGAUUCUCGCAUCUCUAUCGCAAACCUCUUAUGGACAACGAUAUGCCCUUGUAGAUAUUGGUCUAUGUGCCCUUUUCGGUGGCUUUACCGUCCUAUCUACGAAGGCUGUAUCUACUCUUUUGACCAUGCAGUGGUCCCAAGUUUUCACUAGUGUGAUCACUUAUCCUGUUAUCUUGUGUCUUGUGCUAACGGGAGUGGGUCAAAUUCGUUAUUUGAAUCGGGCACUCAUGAGAUUUGACAGCAAGAUCGUCAUCCCCAUUCAGUUCGUCUUGUUCAAUCUAUCAGCAAUCAUUGGAUCCGCUAUUUUGUAUGGAGAUUUCAAGAAAGCAAGCUUUCACCAAAUCGUGACCUUCCUGUAUGGCUGUGCUGCGACUUUUGCCGGAGUUUUUAUCAUCGCAUGGUCGUCCCAGAGCAACGACAAAGGAUUCGAAAGUCCCAGAACUGAACAACCAGAUGAUGAAAUCUUUGAUCGAGCAGGUUCUGUCCAUGCUGAACAUCUUGCCUCAAACUUGAGCCCGGGAUCAUUAGGCCGGAGAAGAAGAGCAACACUGGUCCUUCCGGGCCGAAUCAGUGAUCUUCCCUCGUUGCAUCAUAAGCACAGCGCCAUUAGUGUCAUGGGCCUCUCACCUGCUCAACCUCUUCUUCUAGUUCACACUCCCCCUAGAGAGCAUUCGGCACGCGAUCUUGAGAGGGAUGGCUCAACUCCAAGCUCGUUCCAACGCCAAAGGGCCCUCAGUUGGUUCGGAGAUGAUUCGUCGCCCAGAGGACGUCUGUAUGAUGGUGGUCGGCGUACAAGAGAAAGCAGCCUUGCUGAAAGAUUACGGUCAAGCGCUGGUACCUCCAACGUCAAUCAAAUACCUCCCAAUCGUUAACGUUAAGUUGGUUGGCUAUUGUGGACAUUACAGUAACUUAUACGCAUCAUGCCUUUCAAUAAUUGACAAUGCCCUGGCCAAGUCAGUUCAUUGCAAUUCGUGAUCGCAUUCCAAUACGUUCAUUUACUGCUCGAUUGAACUACAUGUGUUCAGGCAAGUUCAGACGCUUUCUACACGCUGAGCUUCUGCACCACAAUGACCACGUUUCUUUGCUACGUCAAUCUGGAGCAUCAAUCUAUGUUGCUAUAUCUUCUAACUCAAAUGAUUAUCCCAUGAUGAUUCGCGGAACACGAAAUACAUCUCAAAAUUUCCAGUGUUGAAUGCUGUGUGCAGCUUUCUCGAACGCCAGAACUUCUUCCGAAGAACAAUUCUGAAUUGCAUAUUGGAGUUUGCUGACGAUCUGCCUGGCUGCACCGCGCUCUUUUAGGUGAUCCGACACAAGCUCUUCCUUGCAGCUCUACGAGACG